UUUUGAUGUCAAAGGACUUUGACAUUAGAAAGGAGGCGGGUGGAAGGUCCUUCCGAGCUGUCGAGAAGGCAUUUAAGAAGGUUCAGGUAUUUGAAAACUAUGUUGAAAUUCACUUCUUUUGGGCUGGAAAAGGGACAUGCUGCAUGCCUGAUGAAGGUACAUAUGGACCAUCUAUUUCAGCUAUCCGUGUUAGUCCAGAUUUUACAACUACUUUUCCAGACAAGAGGAAGAAUAUGAUGCCUUUGGUUGCAGGGAUUGCAGUUAGUGUUGGAGUGAUGUUUUUUCUAUCUACUUUUGUAGCUUUUUAUUUUCUCAGAAUAAGGAAAAGGCCAAGCUCCAAUCAAGAGACAGAUGCCCUGAGAGUUGCUACAGGGGCAUUGACUUUCAACUAUUCAGAGCUACACAAUGCUACGAAUGGUUUCAGCCUUGCUAAUAAGCUGGGCCAGGGUGGUUUUGGAAUUGUUUAUAAGGGAACACUUGGUGAUGGGAGACUUGUUGCUGUGAAGAAACUCUCUGCGACAUCUGACCAAGGAAACAAUCAGUUUCUAGCAGAAAUUUCGACGAUAUCUGCUGUUCAACAUCGCAACCUCGUAAAGUUGUAUGGAUGUUGUGUACAUGGUGAUAUACGCCUCCUUGUGUACGAGUUUCUAGAGAACAGUAGUCUCGAUCAUGCCUUAUUUGGGAAAACAGGCCUUCCAAUUGACUGGGGCACUCGUUAUGAUAUAUGCUUGGGCAUAGCACGAGGACUAGCUUACCUUCAUGAAGAAUCAACAGUUAGAAUCGUGCACAGAGAUGUGAAGGCGAGCAACAUUCUGCUUGAUUCAAGUCUUAAUCCAAAAAUUUCUGACUUUGGAUUGGCAAAGCUUUACAAUGAUCAAAUGACUCACAUAAGCACUAAAAUUGCAGGGACAAUUGGGUAUCUGGCGCCGGAGUAUGCCAUGCGUGGGCACCUGACUGAGAAGACUGAUGUUUUUGCCUUUGGCGUGGUGGCUUUGGAGAUUGUUGGCGGAAAGCCAAAUUGUGCAUUGGAAGAAGAGGCAUCUCUGCUUGAGUGGGCCUGGCACCUGUACGAGAAUGAGCGCCACCUUGAUAUAGUGGACCCUAGAUUAUCAGAAUUCGAAGAGGAGGAAGUUAAAAAAGUGAUUUAUGUGGCCCUCCUCUGCACCCAGAUGCAACCAUCUCUAAGGCCACGGAUGUCCAGUAUAGUGGCGAUGCUUCUGGGCCAUUUCAAUGUCAUCCCUGUGCCUUCAAAGCCAGGUUACUUGAAUGACAACAUGUUUGGCAGUUUUGUCAAUAUGAUGACCGAAACAGUGACGGAGGGAAACUUACGCAACGACGACUCAUCUCCCAGUAUGAGCCUGGCCAACACUGCAGAAAAGUCGCCCCCAAAUGAUGCGUAGCCAAAUCCUAUGUGAGUUUCUACCCUUUCUGCUAAGUUGGUCAUAUCUCUUUAAUUUGGCUUUCCGUUGUGGUUAAGCUCAAUGAUACUCCUGUUAGUGCUUAGUUAUUCUUGUUUCUUUCCAUUGUUUUUCCUGAAUCUUGUGGUGACACUUUGGGUUUGGUGGCGGUACGCAGAGUGAUAAUAUAUCUUUAUCAUAAGUCAUAAUUUUCUUGUUUUUGUAACAAAAUCUGUUGUCAAGUCAUGAAUCUCAUUAUCCUUGCUAGUCACAUUGGCAAAUCA